AUGAAAACCCAAGAUAAGAACAGGGACUGUCGUCGCUACCUGAAGCGGCUAAAGAGAGUUGAUGUCAAGGGGGGGACCCUGAAGCACACACUGCAGGUGUACGUGCUCGGCCGGGACAUCGAGGUGCCAGCAGCCGGACCAUCGGCGGCUCCUCCGACUCAGCAGAUAGCUCCACAGACUCCAUCGGGCGCCGCAUCUGCUGGUUCUUCUUCAGAGGUGUCGGAUGAUGUGCUCCUCGCAGCCACGGUGGAGGUCAACACUCAGUUCUCCGUGGCUAGACCCCCCCUGCCUGCUGUCCACCCUGCGGACGACGAUCCAGGUCUGCCCCGCACUCCACCGAUGUCCACUGGUGCACAGCUGCUGCCUGAGGGCUGGAGGCAGACGCUGCCAGAGGAACAGCAGGAUUGGGUGGGCCAGGCUCUUUUCACCAGGGGCGCCGACAAUCAGCCCGUCCUCACCAGUGAGCUGGCCCUCUGGUGGAACCCCUCGGUAGAACGGCACAUCUACACGGAGCCCCCCCCUGCCCAUGUCUUCUUCCAGUGCAGGUUCUUCCUGUGGGCACCCUACCAGAUGUGGGCAUGCAAGUUUACUUGCCCCAACUGUGGGUGCAAACUUACCGCCGCUGGUCUUUACAAGACUGUCCGGAGGGUCCUCGAUCUGGACAGCUGGUACUUCAUGGGCACAGAGCACCUGGAAUGCGGGUCAUGCAAGAGGAAGUAUGCAGCUUGGGCGCAGGACAUCUUAGGACAGGUGGAAAUGGGAAACAGGAGUCUUUUUCCAGCUGUUCUCACGUACAAGUGGUCUUGCGACGAGAAGGUGAUUGGGAAUCUGAAAUACGACACUUUGUCUGGCGUCCACCACAUUCUGGAAGUUCAGCACACCGAAGAGUGGAAGCGACGGUCAGUGAGGUACAUUGGCACGCUCGACAAGCUUCAGGUACCGGAUGCGGCUUGGCAGCAGGUGUCUCUACCACCCAUGCACCCGCUACCCAGCGUGACAGGUCUGAUUUCACUUUAUGUGAGGAAGGGCCUCAAUCAACUGGAGGAGACUAAAGCCAGGGCCACGUCCAUCUUCGGAGACAUCCUCAAGAUGGACUCCACCAAGAAGAUGACGAAGCUUGCGGGAGAUGCUGCCUGGCUCACUAACGUGGGCAACGAGCACAGACAGGUGCUCAUGUCAGUUCUCACUGACUCCGAGGGGGACGGACUGUUGCCCAUGGCGACUGGACUUGUGCAGCGCUACAAAGACGCCGGAAAGGCCCCUCCUCGGGUGUUGUACGUGACCCGGGACUGCUGUGCAACUGUUGGACAGUCCAAGGUCGCAGCCAUGUUUGGCGAGUGGGAGCAGCUGAUCGUGCGGCUGGAUGUGUGGCACUUCAUGCAGGGUUUCAAAAAGGGCUUCAACGACGACAACCAGCAGCUAUGCAGCCUCUUCAUGACGCAUCUGUCCACUGCCAUCUUUGAGUGGGACAGCGGCGACCUGUCCCGCCUGGAGGAGGCCAAGCAAUCUGAGGAGGAAGGAGACGCUUGCGUCCAGCUGACGUCCAAGGAGCUUGCCUCCCACUGCCGCCGCCGCACAAGGGGUGUGCUGGAGACAGAGCGGCUCAUUCAGGAAGUGCUUGACUACUUCUGGGUGGCGACUGACAGUAUGGGCAUCCCCUUCAUCGACCAUGCCAAAAUGGAGGAGGUGUGGAGCAUGCAGCGUCGGCAUCUCCACUGCAUUCAGGACCCACCAGGAGUGGAGCUGUAUGUGAAGACAGGGGAGGUAACCAUGGGGGAUGUCAUGCUCCCUGUCAUCUGCUGUGCCCGCGGCUCAACCUCCCUGGAGUCAUUCCACCGCCACAUGUGCAGGUUCUUUCCAUGCAGGUUUGCCCACGCCCUCAACUUCCAGGUGUACCUGCUGGAGGGCCUGGUGAGGUGGAAUGAAAACUGUGCCAGAGCAGCACUGGAGGAUAACCCAAAGACGAUGCUGUGUGGCAACAGUACCCAGCUGCAGAACCAUGUCAACCAGCUCUGCCAAAAGCUCUUUGGUCGGACGGUGAUUAAGGAUUACAUAAAGCUUAGCGAGUACACAGGGGAGCUCAUUGGGUUAGAGUACCUGUACUCGCAGAGAGGUGCCUUGCUGCCGCAAGACAUGGGCCGGGAUCCCGAUGCCUCCAAUGGGACAGACAGUCUUGAAGAGGACUGGGAAGAUGAGCGGGAUGAUGAGCAGAAGCUGCUGGAUGCCGGAUGGUGCAAGGAAGAGCUGCAUGGGGUCAAACUUCUAACAAAUUUUAAAAGUCUGCUCCGCUCAGCACCGCUUGUCCCUCGGCCUUCCGCCGUUCCCGCACAGCCUCGGCCACCACUCACUGUCCCUCUCCCUGAGGAGACCUCUUGUCAGGCUGCCACACACAGACGGCCCCUGGCGCCAAACUUGUUCAUCAUCGCCAACCAGGCCACUGCAGCCUCCUCCUCAUCAAUAACUGCCCCUGCCAUCACCUUUUCCCCUACUAUCACCUUUGCCCCCAAUAUCACCAUUGCCCCUGCCUCCGCCCCUGCCAUCACCUCUGCCUCCAACCCUGCCUCUGCCGUGCCACGAUCUACUGCCUGGUAGAGGAAUGUUCGAGAGGGACAGCGACAGCAGGCCUGGGAGAAAGGUUUUUACAUUUUGUUAACCAUGUUGUUAAUCUUGUUUUCUGCCGUCUAAAACGGCCCAGGCUUUCACCCCUCAGUGUGCCCAACUACCUGUCCUGCAGCCUGCUCCUCAGUCCCCCAGGCAUUUAGGAGAAAGGUCCGAAGAGGCCCAUGUAAAUUUGUUAAUGGAGUUGAGACCACAUAUGCUUAUCACAUUGCUUUCUGUUCAUAAUUUGUUUAUAAAUGUUUAGUGUUGAGCUUUGCUUGUUUACAAUAAAACCAGGCCAUCUGUUCUAAAUAGGGAUUGUCUGUUCCUAAAUCUCCACCACUAAGUCCUGAGCAAUGACACAAUUAUAACGUGACUACACAGAGGACGACAUGAAUCAGUUACAA